GCAAACAAAUGAAUGAUGUUAAGUGGCCACCAGGAGGCGCCAGGAGCAGCGAGAGUCCUGCGGUACCUUGGCGGUAGAGGUGGAGGAGAUGGAUGCAGAGGCGAGGGAAGAACCCAGCUUCCUUUUUUAAGAAUCAGUGUGAGCAAGGGAGCAGAGCCACGUUAUUUUAGGGAGACUUUGUCGCACUCCCCCUCCCCCGGGUAGGUAGCGUCUGCGAUGUGUGCACCCUGUUCGUAGUCUCCCAUGGAGAGACGCUGGCUGCGGCAGCCGGCAGUAACCCGACCCCGCCGGCGCAGGAAUUGAAGAAGCGCCGGGGAGAGCAGCGAGAGGUGAACAAAAGCCCUCGGCAAGGGGGCCGGAGUCCCGACCUGGGGUAAGUGAACCCGCUCGGAGACCUAGCAGCUCCCAGUAUGGAGCAGCAGGGUUUACGGCGCUCUGAGAGCCCACUCCCCUGAGAUGCGGUGCGGGAACCGGGACUCCAACAAAGGACGGGGUUCAGCUAUGGUGGACCCGGUGCCAGAAGAAGAGAAAGAGGGAGCGGAGCCUGGUGGCUCAGAAGGGGAUGAGGCCACAGCGUCCGUGCCCCACGAUGCCCAGGGAGCCCAGCAGCCUGCUGCCUCCUCGGCCUCCGCCUCCGCGGCGGCGCCCCGAAAGGCUGAAGUCCCCUGCGGGGCAGAAGGCGGACGUCGGGAGCAGUCUCCGUUGCUGCACCUCGAUCUCUUCAAUUUCGCCUGCCCCGAGGCAGAGGGCAGCCGCUAUGUCCUAACCAGCCCCCGCUCUCUGGAGGCCUGCGCCCGCUGUGCGGUCAAGCCAGUAGAGCUGCUGCCUCGGGCCCUGGCCGACCUGGUGCGCGAGGCACCGGGCCGCUCCAUGCGGGUGGCCACCGGCCUGUACGAGGCCUACGAGGCGGAGCGCCUGGCCAAACUGCAGCAGUGCCGCGCCGAGCGCGAGCGCAUCAUGCGCGAGGAGAAGCGGCGCCUGUUCACACCGAAGGGUCCGGCGGCAGCCCCGGCCUCCUCCUCCGCCUCCGCCUCGGCGCUGAGCGCGGGCAGCAGCAGCAGCUGCAGCAGCAGCAGCAGCCUCCCGGCGUCGCCCGCCUCGCGAGUUGCUCGAAGGACUUCUCCCAGUCCUCCCGCCAGGAGCCGGCCUCCGCCCGCGGGUUCUCGGACAGGUAGGAAGAGCCACUCGCUGGACUCGCUCUCUCGCCGGCGGGACGGUGCCCUGAGCUCCGAGUCCGGGGCCUCGUCGUCGUCCUACAGCGGGGAGAGCCUUCGGGAGCUUCGCUGGCCACCUCGAGCUUCAGCCAGGAACAGCUGCCCCGCGGGCUCGGCGGCGUCGGCGCCCAACCCACAAGGCCGCCCUUCUGCCCUCGCUCUGGUUCCACUCACGGCCCGCAGCUUCAGCCUCGGAGACCUGAGCCACUCGCCGCAGACCGCUCAGCAUGUGGAGCGCAUCGUCCGCCAAGUGCGCGCCGAGCGAGGCCUGCGCGGGGUACCCGAGCGCGACCGGAAGAUCGCCGCCCUCAUGCUGGCCCGGCACCAGGAAGAGCGCCUGUUGCUGGAGCAGCGCGCUGCGGCCCACGGCCAGUGGGAGCAGCAGCGCGUGCGCGCCGAGCAGAGGCGGGAGCGCGAGGAGCGGGAGAAGCAGCGCGCGCUGGAGCAGGGCCGGCGGGCUUGGGCGGCGCAGGUGGAGGAGCGGCGCGGUCGCCGGGGCCGGGAGGAGCGCGAGGCCGCGCGGAGGCGGCAGCAGCAGUGCGAGCGCAGCGAGGAACGGCGGCGGGAACUGGCGGAGCGCCAGGGCCUGCUGCGGCGGGAGCGGGUGGAACGCGCCGCGCGGGACGACCGGCUGCGCAAGCUGCAGCAGGAGCAGAACCUGAAGCAGAGGGAGGAGGGCCUGCAGGAGGGGCGGCAGCGCGCGGAGCUGGUCCGCAGGGAGCGCGCCCAGCGAGCAGCGCGCGCCCGAGAGCGACAAGAGGGUCAGCUGCAGCGGGAGAAACGUGAGCUGAGCCGGGCCGAGCGGGCGCGCCACGAGGCCCUGCUUCGAGGCCGAGUCCGGCAGCAGCAGGAGGAACGGGAGGGCCUGCGGAGCUCCCUGGAAGCCAGCUUGGGCCGCGCGCAAGAGAACUACGAGCAGCUGCAGGAGCAGCGCGCCCGGGAGCUGCGGGAGCGCGCCCGGAGAGAGGAGCUCCAGGGCCGGCGAGCGAAGGAAGCGGCGGAGCGCAAAGAGCGGGAGCAUCGGGAGCACUUGGAGGCGCUGGCGCGAGCCGGAGAACGACGGCUGCAGCACGCGGCGCAGGUGGCCGAGGAGGCGGUGCAGCAGAAGGCCCGGCGUGUGGUUCAGACUCGCCUGGAGAAGGAGAGGGCCCAGCGUGCCAACAAGGAGAAGGUGGACAGAGACGAAGACUGCCGCCGCCGCGAGCUGCUGCAGGCCAUUGGGCUCAAGCUGGAGCGCAGCGAGCAGCUCUCCCGAGAACGGCGAAGCGCGCUGGAGAGCGCUCGGUCCACGGCCCGAGCCUCCUUCCAUGUGCGGGAGAAGGUGCGGGAGGAGACCAACACGCGCUCUUUUGACCGCAUGGUGCGAGAGGCCCAGCUACAUGCCAGCCUGGACCGCAAAUGACAGCCGUACUGCUGGAUAUUAGCCAGGUGUGGCCUCCCUUAGUCACUUUGACCAAACACCAGGCUUCUCCAGUCCAGCUGCCACACCACGAACUCUCCAGACUAAUGAACCACGAGGCACUGAGAAGCCAGCCAGAUACGGUGUUUUUCCAUCUGUCACCAUUGUUUUUACAGACUUACUCUGUUUGGAAAUGACAUGGCACAAUCUACCCACAUCCACUUGGAUCUUUGGGUUGGAAUAGAAAGUAGCUAGGGAGGAAGAGGAUGGUCCCUAGGAGAGAUCACAGAGUCCAACGUGGGGCUCUCCUCCACAGCUGCCUUGGGCAUCUUUCUAACAUUUUCGUCCAAGACGAUUUAAGUUGCAGCAGCCGAGGGUAUAUCUCCCAGACUCACCUCUAUCAUUGAAAAUACAAGUUACACAGAACUUGAAAGUUUCCCAAGAAAGCACAGCUCUUCUAAGAUGCCAGUUCAUGCACAAACGACUACAAAGCUAUUGCUGGGCUAUUAAUUGGACACGUGAACAAAUUAUCCUAUUCCCAUAAUAUUUUCAGUUGAGUCCCUUGGCUUUCUAGUUAGACAAUCAUCUCCAGAUAAUGAUCCCUUAUUCUCCCAAGUGGUAUAGGGAAUGGGUUGGAUUGGUGAUACUGUUUAGCUUUAGUGGAAGCCCUCCAUCCUCCAACUCCCUGGAGGUGGCUGGUUUCCUUAGGCAGCAGUGUUCCACCCCAUGAGGCUUCCAUGGAAGGUGAUGCAUUUCAGUGGAGGCAGUGUCUGAGGCCCACUUCCCUGUGUGGGGCCAGCUCCUGCAAACAGAAGCCAUUGCCUUACAAAGCAGACCUAUCUUCUGUGCCUGCCCAGGCCACUCUUGCCUAAAGCUCCAGCCUUGAAUGCAGUCUGGAGGGUGAGUGUGUAGGAUUCCCUCUGUGACUUAGUUCAGUGCUCUGAGGACAAUUUAGGAUCCUUGGCUGCUUGCCUGUUGUGGCUGAAGGGCUAGCAUUGCCUCUGUGUGGAGCUGUGCUAUUGUUGGUGGGGUAUCACUCUUUCCCUGGGGGCCGGGGAAAAGGAGUCUUCCCUCUUUAAAUUCCUGGUACCCUCUCCCUUAUACCUGAAGUAUUCAAUCAGUCUCUUGGUGCCUCACCUUUCCCAUCUGCUAGAUGGGGCCAUCAGAACUCUUCUGGUACCUCAAAGUCUCCCGAAUCCAAAGCAUCCCUUCAGUGUUAUUUGUUGGUCUCCUUUGUGCCUUUCUUGACCUGGAGUUGGGAGGCAGGAGGAUUGCUGUUAGCCUCGUCUGUUUCUGGUAAUAUGGAUUUCUGGCUUUAGACGGGGCAGUGCAUCACAGAGAGAUGGUCAUUUAGCAUCCAAGGUGUGUGUGAGGUGGGGAGGGGUGCUUGCAAUACCAAGCCGCUCCCUGGUCAGAAGGUUCAGUUAUCACUCCGCAGUUUUAACCCCACAGAGUGCUCCUUCCCCCAUUCAGAUCCACCUGUCAGCUACGUCUUCACCAGGGGAGGUGGAAAGUCAACCACCUCCUCUUACAUUACAUCAAGGUCAGGAAGUAAAAAACUUACCAAAAAGAAAGGAACCAGGGUAGAGACAUACUGCAUUAGAUGUGUUUCUGUGUCUUUUCUGCGGGCAGAAUCAUCCCUAUAGUGACUGGCUGUUGCCCACACCCCUCAUUGACCCCACCCCAUCACACGCUAAGAGGAGUCUUGUGUAGAAGAAAGCUGUGUUUAGGUGUCACGCAUGAGAUAAUGUGGAACCAGGAAAGGAGCAAUGCACCAACUCUUGCUUCUUGAGUGGGUGGGUUCUCCCUUAAUUUCCUUGUCAGUGAGCUGUAAUAACUGGUGUUGUCUCUGAGAUAGGAGCAUUUAACUCAAAAAUUAAUGUGAUUAUGGUCCUUUGGCCUUGUGGUCCCUGGGUUGCUUCUGAAACCUUCAUGGAAAGCUCCACUCUUUAAAGUCCUUACUUCAAGGGAUGAGCAUUUGCUUGAGGAGGCAAUCCGGUGGUCUGAACCAAGCACUGGAAAGCACACGGGUGAUCUCACCUGGCCUCUCACCCAGGCUGCUUCCCACCUGACUGGGUGACUUCAGGUUGAUCACCUUUCUUAGUUCCCAUAGGUGUAGAACUGAGUUCUGGUUUAUGUUGACUUAGAAUGAUGAUGACAUUUGCUGUUUCUCUCACUCUGGAACUACAGGGUUACAUGGCUCCUGUGCUGUACUGGGCAGUGUAGUGUACCAUCAUGAUUUGGUGCAGAAGGAACAGUCUUGAGAAGCUCAUUCAGAUCCAGAGUCACACGUGACGUACAGGCCCAGGCCAGAAUGUUGACAAAUUAUAGACACUGAGAGAACCACUGUGUAAAGAUACAAACAGUGUAGGUUUUUACCAAAACGUCUGUAUAGCCAAGUAUAAUUAAAGCAAAAACAGAAUUCAGACCUAGUGACAGUAAGAAGUGGUACCUUCAAGUUCCAGACCAUCUAUUAGGAUACUCUACUAAAGUUGGACAUGGUGGUUCACAUCUUUACUCCUAACCCUGAGGAUGCUGAAGUAGAUGGAUAAUUAUAUUGAGUCAUCCUGGGCCAGAUAGCUAGAUGCUGUCAAAACAGAACAAACAAAAAAAUGCAAGGAGAAUCACUUGUAUAUUCUAAAGAAAUGUUCAUGUUUCUCUCUAGAGAUAAUGAAUGUCCAAAGUCUCUUUUGGGCCCCUAAUUUAAAUUUGCACAGAGGAGAAGUUUUAUUUUACUCUGACAUGCAGCAAGAGGACAUUGGUGUGGAGCAGAGAUGAUGGAUGGAAAAUUGCCUCCAAACAGCAUUCUAACAGGUGUCCAGGAUUGAGCAUGCUGGGGAUUUUUUACCAUCUAGGAGAUCCCAACCUCGGAGUGGCUACAACCACACAUUUACUCUUUUGGGACAUUUGCUACUUCAAGAAAGAGAGAGUAAUAUGAGUAAUAAAAGGAAGUGAAGUAAUAUGAGAAGGGGUAGGAAGGGUUGGGAAAGCUUUAAUUCAGUUGAAUACCAAGAAAACAAGCCAAAACCAUUCCAGAAGAAAUUCUUGAUGAAGCUAGUCCAACGUUCUGCUGUAGCAGGGACAUGAGUCUACACCCAUCUGAACAGGAAAAUGGAGAUUCCCUUUGGGGAGCAUGCAGGCUGGGUUUCAAUGGAACAGUCAAAAGGAUUUGCCAAAGGCCAAAAAAAAGGGUCUGCAGGGUAGUGAAGACAGAGGAAUGUUUUAUGUUGCUCUAACAUAAUACCCAAGGCUAAGUUAAAAAAUAAAAGAGAUUUGUUGCUGACAGUUCUGGAGGUGUAAGAACAUGUUGCCAGCAUCUGCUUGCCUUCUGAUGAGGUCUUCAGGGGAUCAUCACAUUUCAGAGGCUCCUGGGGAAGGUUUUACACAUAAAACAGGAAGCAAGAGACAGGAGACGCCAGAGGCAUUUGUAUGUCAACCCACCCUUAAAAGAACUUAGCCACUCCCACAAGACCCAGCCCAUUUUGCAAGACCAGCAUUACAUCCAUAAUGUAAAUACCUUUCAUUAGAUCCCACCUCUUAAAGGUCCCACCACCUGGACACUAUCACCAUGGCAACCAUGACCCCAGCACAUAAGCUGUCUGAGAGGCAAACCAUAUCCAAUGAACAACAAUGAAAAUGUAGUCUGAAUUCUGGAUAUUUUGUAGUCUUUAGCAGUCUCCCUCCGCUACACUGUCUGUUGAGACAGAUGCAACUCUGUAGAGGGGCUACAUAAAUAUUUACCAUCAAAUCACCUAGAUAAGUACAUAAAUAUUGGAUGGAGAGGAGGCUGGAGGUAUGGGUAAAUGCUGACCAGAGAAAAUCUGUAUAGAACAGUUUGUUUAUGCAGGCCUCCAUUUAGUCAACAAAUCUUCACUAAGCACAUACUACAUGACAAAUACUAUUGUUUGAUUGAUUGUUUUGUUUUUUUUUUUUUUGAGUCAAGGUCUCUCUGUGUAGGCCAGGCUGUCCUGGAACUCAAACUGUAGGCCAGGCUGGCCUCAGACUCUGGGAUCCACCUGUCUCUGCCUCCUAAAUGGGAUUAAAGGAAUACAUCACACUCCUGACCCCAAAUACAACUCACAAUAUUGGUGAAAUUGAAUCCCUCAGUACUGACCUUAGGGGUGAUUUGUGCUACAACACAUAAACGCGUUGUAACACGUCAUAAACAUGUCUUUUUCCCCCCACUGGGCUUGCCUAUCUUCCCACCUAGAUAUACACAGUCUCAGGUAGCCCCAAUUGUCCUGCAAGGCACUAGCCUCAAGCCUCUUUAGUCUCCUAGAGACAAGCCAUCAUAGAGUCAGGGCUGCUCUUCUUCCUUCCUUAAAAUUAUGAGGCAUGGGAGAGAGAAAGAUUGAGAAUAUUACCUUCCAGGGUGUCAUUUUAGAGAGAAGGCAUACAUAAUCAUUGUGGAUCCAGAAGACCAAGCCUCAGGCCAUACAGAGUCCCUGGGGUGUCUGCUCCAUCAUUCAGCUGUUAUUGCUAAGAUAGUCAACAUUUCAAAAAUAUUUCCAAUAUAAAAGUCCCCCCAAAAAGAUUUCUCGUUAAGUCCAAAUUCAUGAGAAAAUUAAAAAUAUCCCACACCUAGAAACCUGACUAAGUGCAUCUAGGCAGCUGAGCAUGGUGGUACAUGCCUUUAAUCCCAGCACUCAGGAGGCAGAAGAAGGUGGAUCUCUAUGAGUUCAAGGCCAGCCUGGUCUACAGAGGGAGUUCCAGAACAGCCAGGGCUACACAGAGAAACCCUGUCUUAAACAAACAAACAAGCAAGCAAAGCCUCUCAUUAGCCACAGGUUGCUAGGUAGACUUGCCUUUUCCCACUGUGUAACUACACGGCUCUAUCUUUAUAUCUUAGAGAAGCUUGGCAAGAGCAUAAAGAAACAGAUGUUGGUAGAUGUGUUUUUGCUUUUUAGAUAGAGUCUCUGUGUAGCCCAGGCUUGUCCUCAUUUUGCCGUCCUCCUGACCAAGCACCAAGACCCAGGAUAAUGAACAUGCGUCAUCAUUGCCCAGUUGACACAGCUUGGAAAGGGACCAGCAGCAGACAUCUCUAGGUUCUAGAAUGGUUAGGUGCUCUAUGUGGUGCCUGACUUGGUGUGUCUGGAGUAGCACCCACGUAUUAGAACUGGCCCCGGCCUGCUUAUGAGUGUCUUUACAGAAGGACACCUCAUUAACUCAAACACAGAGCUCUCCAGCAUUCUCUCUACACGCACAUCCUCCUGCUUUAUGCCUCCCUCCCACACACCAGUAUGUCCCCACUCCUGCACAACUACCCCUGAUGCUGCUUGGCUUCUAAUAGGUCAGGGCUAGUAUACAGGCUAGAGGCACUCGGAUGUUAGGGCAUGGGGGACAUGGGACAUGUUCUUCUGAUGAUCGCUGACAACACAGUUAUUUGCAGUUAUUGCUCCCGGAUUCAUCGAGUGCAGUCACGGCCCUCCAGGUGACAAGAGCCCUUUCCACUCAUCACGUGCACUCACACCCCUCAUGAGCAGGAAUAGCAGUCCCAUGUGAUUUUCCAACCUUCCGUCACUUUGAGCUGCUUGUAUCUUUCUUCCUCUCCACUGGCACAGUACUGAUAGCGUGUUAGCAUGUUUUUGUCUCUGACUCUUCCACAAUUCACAGGACUGUCAGAAAGAUGAUUCACAUCUACUGCCUUCAGUGCACAUGAGUCGGUGCAACAACACUAACAAUCCUAGUUGGGGUUCUGAAGCAGGAGGUAACUCAUGGCUCUCAUGUUCUCCCAGAGAGCAGUAAGUUAUUUCUUGGGGAACCAACCUAUUCUUUGGUGGAGGGGGUUGGGGCUGUUGCUUCCACCUUCUUCUAGUGGGCUGAAGGAUUCCAUCUGAAGACUAUGCCUCUGGUCUAUUAAGUGGAAUCUGCAUUUUCCAGGUCUUCCAUUGAGCUUCCUGGAUGACUAAGGCAUUUCAGGUUGUACUGAGCCCUACCUCCCCUGUGUGUUCCUUCACUUUAUGUGAGAGAUUGCGUAGGAGGUGGAAUUUAGGUGUCCUACUAUCAGCAGUUGAGACCAUCUGAGGGUGACAGAAUGAAUGGUGUUCAUGCCACAUGAUUACCACACUUUCAGUGCAAGGGAUUUGCCAAAGGAGCAGGUGUCUUGGCUCGUUCAGACCAAUCCCACACUCCCACCUGCCCCUUUGUUAUGUGUUAAAAGGAGACAUAGAUCCUAUUUGGUAGGAAGUUGUUAAAAUGGUUCUUGCUUUAAAAGCUCUGGAAAACAGCGCUCAAUUAGUAGACAGUUUUGGCUGGUCUUGGGGUGUGGCAUAGGAAAGGAUUUGAGUGAUUGAGUUAAAGUACAGGGUUGGGGUCACCAGAUUUGGAUGGCAUCUCUUCUGGGGUUGUCUGUGUCAAACACUAUGUAACAAGACCCCAAAUCUUAAAGGAAGGAGAAUAAUGAUUCCCCUGGGGCUAUGCAUUAGUCUCAUGUUGGCUGAGGGUAGGAGGGGGGUAUGGGUUUUUUGUUUGUUUGUUUUUGUUUUUGUUUUUGAAUACUAAACUACCUUGUUGGGCAGUAAAGUUGACAUGGACAGUAA